GGCAUGGAUUGAAUCUAUGUGUAGUUCGAACUAGCCCUACUUGAGCAUUUCCUUUGGAUGGUAAAUGACUGGUUUUGUUUAUCAGUUUAUAAGAGUUUAUCAAUUAAAAAUAUUAUCCGUUGGCAUCACUUUUGGCGGUCCGGCAAUACUCCGCUAUAAGGAUCGAUUUAAAGAAGCUGUCUCAGAUACACUACAAGCCUGGAAAAUGGCAGUCUUGUGGUUUGUGAGAGAUCUCUAUCUGGUUCUGGGAGUGGCCCUAAUGCAGUUGCUGCUGCUCAGUUUGUAAGGGCUGAAAUGCUUCCUAGCGGCUAUUUGAUUCGACCAUGUGAAGGUGGAGGGUCAAUUAUUCACAUCGUAGACCACCUAAAUCUUGAGGUGGCUGCUCUUGUUCCUAAAGGGGAGCUUGAUGAUGAAAUGGGGGAUGCACACAUGGCAAUGCAGGCUAGGUUGAUGAGCCAGGCCCUUCGGAAAUUAAGCCACUCCUUGUCAGUUUCUCCAAUGUAUAUUGAUUUUUAUAAACUAGAUUUUGGGAAGCCAGGUACUUGUCAAGGUUGUGAAGAACAAGCUUGCCCCUCCAUUUAAAACUGCUGAGUUUGAGCUUCAAUUUGGCGAGGGUAUAAAUAGAGAAUGUGAGAUCAUAGACUUGAGUGUAAAACACAAAAUCAUCCUAAAGGCCGGUGCUAUGUAUUACUUCAAUGAUAAGAAUUUCCGUUGUAGGGAUGCUUUUAAGAGUUUCCUGGCCGAGAAUCAUAGUGCAUUUGAAGAA